AUGGAAACCACCUUCCCCGUGAUGGAAACAAAUGAUCACUCAAGCCGAAAUGAUAUCGGUGUUCCGCAAAUGGUGAUCCAGCAGUUCGCGAGAUACCCAUCCACCCUGGAGUCCGCGCUCCAAAGUGCUUCUUCAUUAGGAAGUGCUCGAAGUCAAACAGAACUGAACAAAUCACCACCGAUGCAUCGCAAAGAAACUCCUAGGAGCCUACAGUCGUCUCCGAAGGGAAUACGCUCUGCUAUACCCUCUUCUUGGGCCGCUCGCUCCGUUUCGUCCAUGUCUCCACCACUCUUCGAGGUCAUGCGUCAACAUCAAAUGAAAGAUCCCACAGAUCAAGCAGAAUCUCGGGUGCUACCUUCUAAAGACGUGAAUGACGAAACAAUUGAUGAUACCUAUGUUAUGUUUAUAUUGUAUUGCAACCCCAAUGUCCCUUCAUCUGUUGAUACCUCCGAGCUGAGGAAGACGUUUCGCUGCCCCCCACGCAGCGAUGGCAAAAGCUUCAGUGUCUUCAGGCUAUUUGAGCUCAUUCGCAAGCUUGAUAAAAAAGAGCUCAAAACGUGGAUCCAAUUAGCGAUUGAGCUCGGCGUGGAAACCCCCUUCAGUGGAAAAGAAACAAAGUACUCAGAAGGUUCAGCAGUACGCUGUCAGGCUCAAGAUGCUUUCUUCGAGUAUUGCUUGGGUCAUCCUCAUGCGUACUACACUCAGCUUCCACCUUCCGGCCCUUUCGUGAGCGAAUCCCGCGACGGCGUACCACUUGAGGAGGACUUGGCACUACGAGCUUUGGUUCCUCAGUGGAAGCCUAAGCGGGGUAGGAAGAGAGCCGAAGAAAGAGAACUCGAAGAGGAAAAAGUAACCAAGAGGCCCCAGCUAGACACUUCUGUGUCAGCGUUGCAUCAGGGAAACUUUCAAGAACACUCGAUUACCUUUCCACAGAGUGCUAUCCCUUUCAGUGCAUAUACUGACAAUGAUGGUCACGAUCCAUGGAUGACGGCGUCAUCUGCAUUCCCUCAGGCGGGUGCGUCGGACCAACAUGGACAAGAACCUCGCUGGAGACUCCCAGAACGAGAUACAUCACCCGCUAAUUAUCCCCAGUCAGCCAUCAUUCCCAGAGGAAACCAAGCUGCUGAUGUUAUCAUAUCCGCCGAGCCGAUGUCAGCUGUUACGCCAUCAUCGAGUGAUAGGAACCGGAUUCGGCGGCGACAUGGCCCGGCUGUUUCAUCUGCGUGGCCGAGCAGCAAUGGCUCAUCGACUGGCAAGAGCCGAGGGAGGCCACCCAGUAAGCCAUCAGCGUCAGGAUCGUUUUCCACCUUUCAAGUCAACCCUAGUCGAGAAUCUUCACAAAUUCCACAAGGAUCUCACUUUCUAUCCUCUCCAUUCCCAGUUGACCAAAAGUCCUCGACUUCAAAUCCAACAUCCUACAACCAGUCACCCAACCGCACGAAUAAUGGAAGGCCGGGUAAGCUUCAACUGCAGGUUCCUCAAAACUUGGGAGCCCCUGUGAGGUUGGUCACGCCCCCAACUCUGUUGGUCAAUGGAGUAAAUGGUGCGGUCAUGCCGCCAGUGGAGAAGCCUCAAAGCCCUCGACAACGUCAUGACGCAGUCCCUGUUGAUAGUCAAGGCCUUGAUCGUGCCGACUCCAAUAUCCCAACGGAUAAAGUAAUUCGCGCUCUAUCCUGUGGUAUUCCAUCGCCUCUUCUGGCAUUCUCCCUGGGCAUAGGUCAUCACUUCGACAAUCCAGCACCUCAUCCAGUGAUGAUCAUAAUCACUGCUCAUUCCAAUUCCUCGAGUAACCACGGCGAUAGCAUAGCUCAAGGGUCUGAUAUUGAGACAAGAUUUACCGUUUCGCUCGAGUAUAGCCAGUCAUGUCAUUUGUCCAUGCAGAUCGCUCUUGGAACUCACAGCCUGCAAACAGCAGAUUCUGGUUCCUUCAGUAGGACCAUGAUAACAACGGAUCCGCUCAACGACUCUGGGAAUAAUUUUCUAGCCGAAUUUGAUUAUGAUGAAGAAGAAGAAGAAGAAGAAGAAGAAGAAGAAGAAGAUCUGAAACUUCCUGUCUCUGAAUCAACGUGGAGGCAACGAUACAUGAAGCUACGAACACAGAUGCAGAAGAAGGAACGGGCUUUGUCUCAAUAUAAACGCAAAAUUGUGGAAUCUGUUAUGGCUGAUAUUUAA